AGGGACCAAAUGCCCAGUGGAACUUUUCCAAACUGCAUUGUGUUACUUGGAUUCAUGUAACCACUGGACAGUAGAUACAUGGUCCUCGUGUAACAUAGAGAACGGACACUGUGGCUUUGGGGAACGAACGAGGAAGAUUUCUUGCAUCCAAAGGCCGGGACUAACAGUAGCUGAAUGGAAAUGUACAGAACAAAGACCUAAAGAAACUGAAAGAUGUUUCCUACCAUGCCCUGGAGAGUGCCACUUAUCAACUUGGUCUUCGUGGUCACAUUGUCACGUGAUUUGUGAUCCAGAUAUAACAGAGGGAAUCCAAAGCAGAUCGAGGUCAAUCUUACAAGAGGGAAUAACGAAAUAUUCAUGGUGUCCUUCGAAUCUGAUUGAAACGAGAAAAUGUAGACACACAAAGGAGUGUAUUCAUUUCAUUUGGAAAACUGGGAAUUGGGUCGCUGACAUCAGAGACGUCUGGUGUGAAUCUUCAAACGGUGUAAAAGUUACAGGUGGGUGUCUCGAAGAAGAACAACCAGCAGGGUUAAAGGUGUGUAGUCCCCCAUGUAACAUUACUGGUUCAUACUGCCAAGAUGUUAAUUUCUGUACCUGCCAUGAGGGUCUUGAAUCACAGCACAGUGACAGUGGUGAACUCGUAAAUUGCUGGAAUAGGACGAUGGGGAAUAAUAGUGUAAAGGCCGACUAUCUAGUUAUCCCAGUUGAUGGGCCAUCUAACAUUUGGAUGUGGGCUGUUAUUGCUGCUGGUGUGGCAUUUGUUGUAUUUGUUGUAGCAGCAGUGGUUACUAUUUGUCGCUAUAUGAAGAAGGAUGACAUAAACCAGCAUCGCACCACCUUCAGACUUGAAAGAGAAGAGGUAUUUUCUGUGACAGAUACUGAAACAUUGACAGUUAAUAAAGUCUCAAAGUUCAAAACAAGGGCAACAAGAAGCAUUCCAAAAGUAACAAAGUGCAGUUUUCAAAGAUAUCACAAACCUCAUCACAUAGAGAACCUAUAGAGUCCCAAUUGGCGGGGUGCUCUCAUUGGGACUCUGUGGUUGUUAGCCCGGGGACUCCGAGAACGCGACCAAAGAAACCACCUAGGCACAAACAUGGAUGUCCCGUUGUUGCUUUGGAGCAAGACACCCCCACGAGCUCACAGAAUGGGGGAACUGACAUGACAAGCAUAUGACACCAUUGAUUUAUCUUUUAAAUAUAAUAUCUAAAUACUGGUGUUAUUCCCCAGACAUACAAUAACUCGUGGUGGUGUUGCCCGCAUAUAUGGACGUGACGGCGUAAAUUGGUCGAACUCUCUGAGAGAGCUUACUUCAUAGAGACGAAGCAUGCAUGUACUACGUUUAACUCUGAGCUUUUUCAUGUGGGUACCAUAAAACUGAAACUCUCAUAGUCGAGGUGUCAUUUUUUGAACAUUUGAAUUUGUAAAAACACAUGUUUUAUUGUGGAAUCACUAUUAUGAGGGUGUCAUGAAGUGAUUUAGCUGGGUUGGACAAAGGGCAACCUUUGGGAAAUAAUCAUAUAACGUUUUGUCCAACCCGCUAA